UCACUCAACAGCGUGCAAGCAGUCCCUCCGUCUCUAUAAAUGCUGCAUGGAAACCCGAAAAAGGCCCGGCGAAAAAAUUAGCUCAAAAAAAUGGAGUUCAGAGGGUUUGCCCAUAAGCAGAUUAGCUGUAAAUGAGCUCAAAUCAAGCUGUUACUUUAGCUGGGAUUUAAGGCUUCUUGAAUCAAGUCCGAUAUAAAGCUUUCACUUCGCUUCAGGAACUGCAAUCAAAUGGAGCCUGACAGGUUAAAUUCUCCAACUACUUUCUCAAUGAAUCUCGAGAUUUUAGGCCAUGAAUUGCAAUUUUAUCAGGAUCCCAAUUCCAAGCAUUUAGGAACUACAGUUUGGGAUGCAUCACUUGUGUUUGUCAAAUAUCUGGAGAAAAAUUGUAGAAAGGGAAGAUUUUGCCCAUCUAAACUUAAAGGAAAACGUGUUAUUGAACUUGGAGCAGGUUGUGGAGUAGCUGGUUUUGGCAUGGCUUUGCUGGGAUGUGAUGUAGUGGCAACGGACCAAGUUGAAGUUUUGCCAUUGUUGAUGAGGAAUGUUGAACGUAAUACUUCAAGGAUCUUGCAGAUGAAUCCUGGUUCUGAUUCAUUUGGUUCGAUUCAGGUUGCAGAGUUAGACUGGGGAAACAAGGAUCAUAUUAAGGCUGUUGAUCCACCGUUUGACUAUAUCAUUGGCACUGAUGUUGUUUACGCAGAGCACCUAUUGGAACCGCUAUUGCAAACAAUAUCUGCAUUAUCAGGACCUAAAACUACACUAAUGCUGGGUUAUGAGAUCCGUUCUAUGAGCGUCCAUGAGCAAAUGCUUCAGAUGUGGAAAAGAAACUUUAAUGUAAAAGUUGUUCCACAAUCUAAGAUGGACCAGACAUUCCAACAUCCAAGUAUUCAAAUCUACAUUAUGGGAUCAAAGCCUCCGGAAGGGAAUAUAGAGAACGCGGAUCAGGGGAGUGGUCAGAAAAUCGACAAGACCGAAAUAAGUGAGAAGGGUGAGAACGUUGGGACAAGUAAUGAGGAAAAGGUGGCUGAUUCUGUUGCUGUGGCCAGCGAAGACUCCGAGCUAUUGACAAAAUCCCAGAACGAGAAACUCGAUGAUUUUGAAGUUCGACGAUGUGGCUCGAUGGCUGCUCGACUUCUGCGAGAUGUCAAGAUAGCCUAAAUUUGCAGGGCCAGCCUUUUGUGAUUUGUCUUUGGUACUGUCAAGAGAGCCUAUAUGGGGUGGGACAUAUGUGCAACAAGGAUUUUUAGACAUUUUUGUUGUGUCUUAUUCUCAAUGGCUUCCAUGGAAGUUGGAUGCGUCUUUCUGAAAAUGCAGAAUAGGCUGGAUAUACAUGCCUCAUCUCUCAUCAAUGAGGUGGCAUCCCAUGAAGAGACCUUCAUUGAUUUGCAUUGAUGAAGUUGUCCUGGUUACAGUUUUAGGCAAAGGUAUGGAGUCUAAGGUUCCAGUUGAUUAAUGGAGGAAGAGAUUGUGAAAUGUUUUGGAGGUAUUUUCAGUAUGAGUUGCAUGUGAUGUGAAUAGUAUGGGGAAUAUGGUGAAUCCUUUUUUUC